AUGGCUGCUGCUAAGGGAUAUGCUCUGUUGUGCUUGGAGAACCCUCUCCUUGACAUCCAGGCUCAAGGUGAUGCCGCUCUUCUUGAGAAGUAUGGCUUGAAGGCCAACGAUGCCAUUCUCGCCGAAGAGAAGCACAUGGAUAUCUACGAGGACCUUCUCUCUCGCGAUGCCAAGCUGAUUCCCGGCGGUGCUGCUCAGAACACUGCUCGUGGUGCCCAGUACAUGCUCCCCGAGGAGUCGGUUGUCUACAUUGGUUGCAUUGGCAAGGACAAGUACGGAGAGAUCCUCAAGAAGACCUGCGAGGAGGCUGGCGUUCACACCGAGUAUCGGGUGGAUGAGUCUCAACCCACCGGCAAGUGUGGUGUUGUCAUCACUGGCCACAACCGCAGCAUGUGCACUCACCUUGCUGCCGCCAAUGAGUACAAGAUUGAGCACCUGAAGCAGCCUCACGUCUGGUCCCUUGUUGAGAAGGCCCAGUUCUACUAUGUUGGUGGCUACCACUUGACUGUCUGCGUUCCUGCCAUCCAGGCUCUUGGUGAGGAGGCUGCCGCGAAGAAUAAGGUCUUCAUGCUGUCUCUGUCUGCUCCUUUCAUUCCCCAGUUCUUCAAGGAGCAGCUGGACAGUGUUCUGCCCUACACUGACUACACCUUCUGCAACGAGGAUGAGGCUCGUGCCUACGCCGCCAGCCACGAGUGGGGUACCGAGGAUGUGGUCGAGAUUGCCAAGAAGCUCGCUCUCCUGCCCAAGAAGAACACUCAGCGCCCUCGCGUUGCCAUCGUCACGCAGGGCACCCUGCCCACCAUCGUCGGCGUUGCCUCUGCCGACGGCAAGGUCGAGGUCAAGGAGUUCAAGGUUCACGAGAUCUCCAAGGACGCCAUCGUUGACACCAACGGUGCUGGUGACGCCUUUGCCGGUGGUUUCUGCGCCGGUGUUGUCUCUGGCAAGUCCCUCGACGAGAGCAUUGACAUGGGUCAGUGGCUUGCCAGCAAGGGCAUCCAGGAGCUUGGACCCUCCUACCCCUCCCCCAAGCAGACCUACUCUCGUUCCUAA